UAGAAAAGUUCAUAUUUUCUGAUCAAGUUGUUACAGAAAGUGCCUUCGUUAAGGGUUAAAAAUGGAUGCAGUAAUGGAAAAAACCUGUUACGACGAUAUAAGCCACACAGUGCUUGAUGCUCGGCACAAGAUGACGGUACGAAGUAUAUCUAAUAACUACGGGUUGUCCUUUGGAGAUGCAGUGAAAGUACUUCAGCAAUGGAUCGACAAAAACUCUGCAAAGGCAAAGCUGAUAAAAGAGUACAUUAUUCGGGGAGUUUUUGCGCAACAGGGCAAUGCUUUUAUAACCGUUGUCAAUGAGCAAAAGUUAAAAACUAUUGAGUCAAAAACUAAGCGAAUUAGCAGCAUGCUAUAUUCAGUUGAGCUGGCUGCUGAAUCUUCUAGGCCACUCAACAUUCCAGAAGAACAGGAAUUCAGAGUGAUAAAUCUUUCUUUGCAAGCAGACAAACGCAGUAUAGAAGUGUUCACCCCGAAAGAUACUCCUCCGGUAACUGUCAAGCAAGAACCUAAAUCAAAAAUUACUUCCAUGUUUUCCGCUGGGACUUCCAAAACCGAUGCGAAACCAGCAUCGGUAAAAGAAGAGAAGCUAAGUCCGAAGGCAGCCGUGAAACAAGAAUCACCAACUGCUGGCUCGCCGAAAAAGUCGCCGGUAAAAACUUCUCCAACUAAGAAAAGAGACGCAAAAAAGCCCGUUACUGGGAAAGGUUCCAUUGCUUCAUUUUUCAACAAUAAACCAGCUACUAAAACUGCCGCUUCUCCCGUCCCAUCGCUGGUUAAGCAGGAAAAGUUCACCCCAAAGAAGGAAGAAUCUAGAGAGGAAACGAAAACUAACGGAAAACGAGAGGAUGAAUCACAGCGUUGGAAGCGAAUGAUUUCCGAUGAAUCGGACGAUGAUGAUGUAAUUCCAAAUACCCCUCAGGAUAAGAAAACUCAGCCGAAGAAAACAGCAAGCAAAAAACUAAUCGGCAGCAAGAAAGAGAGUAAACAAAAGAAGGAAAAUCCAAGCAAGAAGUCUAGGAUUAUGCAGAUUGAUGAUUCCAGCGAAGAUGAAGAAGAAAAGCCUCCGAAGGAACCGGAAGAGCGAGAGGUUCAAUUUGAUGCGGAAGAGUCUAAUGAUGUUGAAAUGAAAGAAACGGAAAAGCAAGCUAGCAGUCCGGAACAAUCAGCGCAAAGUGCUACCGACCGAAAGAAAGCUAUGGUUAAGAAAAUGGUCACGAGGACCUUCCAAGACGAGGAAGGUUAUUUGAUCACCGUCAAGGAGUAUGAAAUGGUUGAGGAAGAUGAAGCCGAUGAAGCUUCCGGCAAAAAUAACAACAACGAUGCAUCCGAAAAGAAAGCUACGCAAAAUGGUACUGUUGACCACAGUAAAGGUAAGACAAGCGAAAAAGUGGUCGAUAAAAAACCCGCCAAGGUGACGCCUCCAACACCCAAAACGAAGCAAGGUUCCAUAACAAGUUUUUUCUCUAAGAAGUAGAAGAAAUAGUAUUAUUUUUCGUUCGAUUACAAUAA